UCCGAUCCAACGCGAGGGCGGCGUCGCAGUUUGCGCUUCGGCCCUCGCCGUGGAUAUAUGGAUGUGCGCUUUUUGCGCUCUCGGUGCAUUGCCCUCGGCCUCUCUCGACAUCCUCGUGGGCCGACCAUUCUCUCCCCUCUUUGCAGAGGUGUCCCUUUUUUUCAUUUUUCAUUUUUCAUUUUCAUUUCUCAUUUCUCAUUUCUCUCUCUCUCUUUCUCUCUUUGAGGUGCCUCUGUCGGUUCUGGUCUUUCUCAGGCGCUGUUCGAUCCAUCGGAUAUCUGUUCUUUCAUCGUUUGGCACCUCUUCCUCCUUGCUCUCUGCACAUCGCUUCGCAGUCGCCUGCUCCCUCCUUGCCCUCUGCUCGCCAUGGCCACUAUUGCAAAGCCUGCAUCCCUCUCGAUGCUUGGUUCUUUCCAGAGCGAGUUGGACUCCGAUGCCCAGUAUUCGGACGACGACAACGAUAUCCUCUACAACACCGGGACUGCCGUCGCUCAUCGCCGGGAGGCCGACGAGCCCGACGCGGACUUGGCUCUCAUCAACCGCAAGUUUUCGACCCAAGUCUCUCUCAGCGGCGCCGCCCCCAUUGACCAGGAUGCUCUCGACAUCAAGAGCAUCGCUGCUGCUCUCAAAUCUGAAGUCUCGGAAUACAACAUCCGGGCCGCUGCCGUCAUUCGCAAGCACAUGUGUCUCAAGGACGUCGACAAGGCCGCCAAGGACGUCAUGUCCAUCAACAUCGCCCUCGAAACUAUGAAGUCUUAUCUCGUCGAUCCCUCGUCUUCUUCGGAUCUGCUGUACCAAACCGAAUGGGCCAUCACCAACAUGUGCGCUGGAUCCACCGACACCACAUCGGUGAUCGUCAAUGCCGGCUUCAUCGAGCCGCUAGCCAGCCUCCUGACGCACGAAGAUGGGGCCGUUCGAGUGCAGGCCGCGUGGGCUCUCGGAAACAUCUGCGGUGAUAACGAGCAGUUCCGUAACCUCGUUCUAGAAACAAAACGGGCACUCUACGACAUCCUGCACAUCUGGCACGGCGACUUUAAGCGACAGCAGGACCGCCCUCUGGCAAUGGAGAUUGCCGCCUGGGCCGCUUCAAACAUGUUCCGCUACAAGGGGCUCGAUUGGGAUGCGGUAUCGCAAAUCCCUCAAGUUGUCUAUCAAAUCCUCUGCGAGACCCGAAAUCCCCAGGUCCUGCUCGAGUGUGCGUGGGCGCUCCAGCGUAUCUUCAAGGUCAAGCCCGAGGACUUUAAGCUUGUUGAUGCCGAAUUUUGCAAGACCCUCAACAACAUCCUCGCACAUUUGCUCGACGAGUACAAACACGCCGUCGACAGUGACUUGGAGCAUGAUGACUACGGCCAACUGAUCGCCGCCUUCUUGAAGAUCUUUGCAAACAUCACAUCCAAGGAUGAUCCGCUCGAGCUCCAGAUGGUUCUGGACUCGGGACUGCCGUAUCUGCUGAGCGGAUGCCUCAACAUUGCCAACAACCGCAUUAUUCGCGGCGAAGCCCUUGUCGUGGUCGAAAACAUCCUUGCCGGUACCCCUGCCCAGGUCGACGAGGUGAUCCGGCGCCAGGAGGGCAUGAUCAAGUCUCUGCUGGUGAUCAUAUCCGGUCUCGGCGUGCAGAAGGGAUACAAAUGCCAGCGCUUGGAUGCCUUCUCGGCCAUGCACAACAUUGUCGUCAAGAAGAACUUUGAUCACAUCAACAUUCUGGUUCAGCAGAGCGCGGUCGAGAUGCUCUGUCUGUUCAUGCAGGCCCUGAUUUCGCCCACUCCGCCGAGCCACGACCCGAUGGUGCUGAUUCAAGUGAUCGACACCAUCUACACCAUCAUGCUCGUCGGCGAUGCCCACUCCGAGCAGGGUGGCCGAUCGUUCCUGACGGAGAUCAGCGGCAUGCGGAGCCACGACGCCUUCUUCAUUUUCCAGGCAGCCCACUAUGCCCUCCCGGCGCUUCUUGCUCGGGACCGCCACAAGCAGUCGGACGAUACAAGCCAGCGCGAUACCAAGGGCGUCAACGCCGAGAGCCUGAAGCGCAAGGCCCAGCGCCGCCUCGGGGCCCUGAUGGAGCGGGUGUGUCGUAGCGAGUACGAUGCCUGGUAUACCAAGGAGCUCGGCCAGUGUGUGAACGAGUUUGGCGGGAUGCAAGUGGAUAAUGAUGCGGUAUAAGCCAGGGGACUCGCCACCGGCAGACAAGAAUGGAAAUCAAGGGAUAUUGAGUGAAAUCAAAUGAGUGAAACGGCGGGGACAUAUCCCAUGUUUGAGGUCGAUGACCGCGCUGUUGUCCUGCUGGAUCCCGAAUACACAUUGUGAUCAGUCUCGCCCACCGUCAACGGCGACAA